AUGGUUUCUAAGCUCAGCCAGCUGCAGACGGAGCUCCUGGCUGCCCUGCUGGAGUCCGGCCUGAGCAAGGAGGCUCUGAUUCAGGCCUUGGGGGAGCAGCCAGGGCCCUACCUGAUGGUUGGAGAUGGUCCCCUGGAGAAGGGGGAGUCCUGCGGUGGGAGUCGAGGGGACCUGGCCGAGCUGCCCAAUGGCCUGGGGGAGACGCGUGGCUCGGAGGAUGACACGGAUGACGACGGGGAAGACUUCGCGCCACCCAUUCUGAAAGAGUUGGAGAACCUGAGCCCAGAGGAGGCAGCCCACCAGAAAGCUGUGGUGGAGACACUUUUGCAGGAGGACCCAUGGCGCGUGGCAAAGAUGGUCAAGUCCUAUUUACAACAACACAACAUCCCACAGCGGGAGGUGGUGGACACCACCGGUCUCAACCAGUCCCACCUGUCGCAGCACCUCAACAAGGGCACCCCCAUGAAGACGCAGAAGCGAGCUGCUCUGUACACCUGGUACGUCCGCAAGCAGCGAGAGGUGGCUCAGCAGUUCACCCACGCAGGGCAGGGGGGGCUGAUUGAAGAGCCCACAGGUGAUGAGCUGCCAACCAAAAAGGGGCGGAGGAACCGGUUCAAGUGGGGCCCAGCUUCCCAGCAGAUCCUGUUCCAGGCCUACGAGAGGCAGAAGAACCCCAGCAAGGAAGAGCGGGAGACCUUGGUGGAGGAGUGCAACAGGGCGGAGUGCAUCCAGAGGGGGGUGUCGCCGUCACAGGCACAGGGGCUAGGCUCCAACCUUGUUACAGAGGUGCGUGUCUACAACUGGUUUGCCAACCGCCGCAAAGAAGAAGCCUUUCGGCACAAGUUGGCCAUGGACACAUACAACGGGCCCGCGCCAGGGCCAGCCCCGGGCCCUGCGCUGCCAGCUCACAGCUCCCCCGGCCUGCCCACAUCCGCCCUGUCCCCCAGUAAAGGUGUGCGGUAUGGACAGCCUGCAACCAGCGAGGCAGCCGAGGUGCCCUCAAGCAGCGGCGGUCCCUUAGUGACAGUGUCUACGGCCUUACACCAAGUGUCCCCCACAGGCCUGGAGCCCAGCAGCAGCCUGCUGAGCACUGAGGCCAAGCUGGUCUCAGCCACUGGGGGUCCUCUGCCUCCAGUCAGCACCCUGACAGCACUGCACAGCUUAGAGCAGACAUCUCCAGGACUCAACCAGCAGCCGCAGAACCUCAUCAUGGCUUCGCUGCCUGGGGUCAUGACCAUUGGGACUGGGGAGCCCGCCUCCCUGGGUUCCACAUUCACUAACACAGGCGCCUCCACCUUGGUCAUUGGUCUGGCCUCCACUCAGGCACAGAGUGUGCCCGUCAUCAACAGCAUGGGCAGCAGCCUGACCACCCUGCAGCCGGUCCAGUUCUCCCAGCCACUGCACCCCUCCUACCAGCAGCCGCUCAUGCCCCCUGUACAGAGCCACGUGACCCAGAGCCCCUUCAUGGCCACCAUGGCCCAGCUGCAGAGCCCCCACGCCCUCUACAGCCACAAGCCUGAGGUGGCCCAGUACACGCACACAAGCCUGCUCCCGCAGACCAUGCUCAUCACAGACACCAACCUCAGCGCCCUUGCCAGCCUCACGCCCACCAAGCAGGUCUUCACCUCAGACACAGAGGCCUCCAGUGAGCCUGGGCUUCAUGAACCAUCAUCUCCAGCCACCACUAUCCACAUCCCCAGCCAGGACCCAUCGAGCAUCCAGCACCUGCAGCCGGCCCACCGCCUCAGCACCAGCCCCACCGUGUCCUCCAGCAGCCUGGUGUUGUACCAGAGCUCCGACUCAACCAACGGGCAUAGCCACCUGCUGCCAUCCAACCAUGGUGUCAUCGAGACUUUUAUCUCCACCCAGAUGGCCUCCUCCUCUCAGUAA